AUGAGCAUUACGCCAGACCUGGCUCGACACUGGCUUUGUGAGGCUGAAAGCUCUGGUGUGCCUAUCACCGUUGUUUGUUAUGCUUCGGCUCUGAACGCGUGCGCCAAAGCUGCGGAUGCGGAGGGAGCCGAGGCUUGCAUGGUUCGCAUGAGAGAGCACAACGUCUCUCCAAACUUGACCUGUUACAACUCCUUGCUGAAUGCCUUCGCUAGGGCCGCCCUGACAUCAGAGGCGCAGGCAUCCUUGGCUGAGUUGCGCAAGUCUGCGCUGAAGCCUGAUGUCAUAACUUUCAACACGCUGCUCAGUGCUUGCUCUGGAGACUCCAGGAGGUCUCGGGACGUCCUUGGAGACAUGGAGCAAUGCUCCGUGGAGCCCACUGCUAGGACUUACAUUGCCAUGGCCUCUUCCUUCGAACGAUCGGGCCAAUGGCAAGAGGUCGAGGCACUCUUGGAGGAGAUGACUCAGAGGCGUAUCGCCCCAGAGAAGAAGACCCACGCCCUGAGGAUCUCAGCGUACGCCAACGCUGACCCCAAGCGCACAGAGGAUGCGCGCGAAGCAUUUCUACGGUUGCCAGCUGUUGACCG